AGACGAAAAUGGGAUAAAACUAUUGAAGAAUUAGAAAACUGGUAGAUUUAGACUAGAUAUUAGAUUGUACUAUAGUUCCUUAGUUCCACUGCACCAAACCAACUUCAUUCCUCAUUCUUCAUUCUUCAUCCACACACUCCACUAUACCAGGAAUUGAUCUGGGUAUAAAAUGGCAAAACUAAAGCUUCCUCCGCAGGGUGGAGAGAAAUGGCUCUGUAUCUUCACAUUCCUCUUCAUGAUGUUCAGUGUACUCUGUACUGUUUCUGUAAUCUACUGUAUAGUUAUCAUCUAUAUACCAUCAAUGGAAGAAUUACAAACGGAUUUCCAGGGUCCUAAGCGAUGUACAACUUCUUUGGUGGAGAGGAAUAUUACCAGUGUACCUGGAGAUGGGAACUGUGACUGGGCGUCCUGUGAGGAAUGGUGUCUAUCCCAGGGUUCAAGUCCUUGCAGUAAAAUGUAUGGGAUACUCAGGGAGAUAGGAGCAUCUGUAACCUAUGAGCAGUGCGAUCUUGAACCUGAAGGAGGUUUUGUCGAUCAUCUCUGCACUACUCUAGACGAUCUCGAAGCUGUAAACUGUAAACGAUCUAAACGAGAACCUGAGAAUCCUGGUAACCGUGAGCUGUGUGUAAACUUCAACACAAUGAUCUCCUGUGAGAAAGGGUAUUGUAAGAAUGUUUCUAGGAUCUAUGACUGCAUCUACAAGGAUAUGUACCAAGAUCUCUUGAAUAAGACUAAAGAUUCUGAUGGUUUCUGUAACUGUAACCGGUGCACCACUAGUAACACUUCUAUACCCGGAGAUUGUCCGAAAGAAACAGCUUUCUGUUUCGCCAAAGGAAGGAACCCUGAAGAGUAUGAUGAGAAGGAGAAGCUUCUAUGUGCAGCUCCAACCUGUCAGAACUGCUACGAUAUUUGUAAAACUAAACAUCAAUGUUUAGAUAUGAAUAGCAGACGGGAUGUAGUUUACUUCGGAGUAGACGAGUACGAUGAUCCUAUGCUGACCUACUACGACUGCAAGAACGGAGUCUGUACUGAGAUCUAUGAUCUCAUCUGUAACCGAACCUGUGAUCAUAAGAAGUUUGAUUUUAAUACGAUCAACGUAGUUGUUCUCCAGGGUGAGAGGUUGGUAAUGAGUAAAUGCCGGAAAAUGUUUAUUAACGGAACAGUUCCUAUUCCCUUAUCUGCAGUCAGCAACAAUAACUGGAAUAUCCUAAUCUCCAGCUGCUCUAAUGUAUCUGUGGACCGGAACAUGAAGUCUAUCCAGGCUGAGGACUGCUUGAAUGGCACCUGGGUAGAGAAUAUGGGGAUUAUAGACUACAAUACAAUAACCAGGAAAUAUCUAGAGUACAGGCAUAAUCCAGACAGGUGGGUAAAGAACAGGGUGGAUGAUGAGGAAUCUGUGAUACCCUGGGAGGAACAUAUUGUUAUUUAUAAUCAGACGAAAAUCAAGAAAAACCAGCAGGGUUGUGUUAACACUCUUUCCAUGGAGUGUAUGGACUUCUUCGCUAGGUUUGCCCGGGAUGGAGCAAACUAUACAGCUAGAGCAGUUUUUGAUUGUUAUUAUAAUCCUGAAGAUACGGACUAUGUAGUCAUUGAUUACCAACCAGAACGGACAUUCUUCUUUUUAUUGAUGUGGAGUGUUAUCCCUGGGAGUAUCAUGGUUGUAUCCUGCUUGUACAUGUGUAUCUGCAGUAGGUUCAUAUUCAUCGGAGAUGAUGGUCAUAUGAGGAUUAUCUGCUGUGGGAAUGCUGUUACAGGCAUUGGAAACGUAGCAGUUUACACCCCACCAACAAAAUCGAAAUCAUAAUUUUCAGAUUGCAAGAUUCUUAAAUCAUAAUUUUCAGAUUGCAAAAUUCUAUAAUCAUAAUUAUCAGAUUGCAAGAUUCUAAAAUAAUAAUUAUCAGAUUGUAAGAUUCUGAAAUCAUAAUUAUCAGAUUGCAAGAUUCUAAAAUAAUAAUUAUCAGAUUGCAAGAUUCUAAAAUAAUAAUCAUCAGAUUGCAAGAUUCUAAA